CCCGCGUUAAAGCCACAACCCCAAAGUGCGCCAGCGGAAAAGUGCCUGGCAACACUACCGCACUGUGCGCCGACUACAUCUGGAUUAGUACGUGAUUACAGCGGUGUCAGGAUUGCACAACUCUCUGGAGCCACAUCAGGAAGACAUGGGAUGGGCUACUGGCACAGAAGCCUCAAGUCAUUUAAUGGCAAACUCUGGAGCGUAGAGCUGCUUGAUUUGGGUGAAUGUAGAGCUGGACACCAUUUGGCUGUAUGAUGCAUUUUACUUCCCCGUAGAUUUUAUUGUAAGUAUCAAGAGCAGAGCAGCCACUACCCUCCAGUGCACCAUCUGAAUGGAAAUAUGGACACCUUCAAUGGAGGAAUUUUGACUCAACAUGUCCAGGAACUAUGAGCCUGGUCAAUCAGUAGGGAUGUUGGCCGCCGUGGAACAUGGUCCCAUCCUCUGCAGCGACUCCAACAUCCUCUGCCUCUCGUGGAAAGGCCGGGUCCCCAAGAGUGAGAAGGACAAGCCAGUGUGCCGGAGACGGUACUAUGAGGAGGGUUGGCUCGCCACAGGGAAUGGGAGAGGAGUCGUUGGGGUGACGUUUACAUCGAGUCACUGCAGGAGGGAUAGAAGUACACCUCAGAGAAUCAAUUUUAACCUGCGAGGACACAACAGCGAGGUUGUCUUGGUGCGCUGGAAUGAACCCUUCCAGAAGCUGGCAACUUGCGAUAUGGAAGGAGGCAUAUUUGUGUGGAUUCAGUAUGAAGGAAGAUGGUCUGUGGAGUUAGUGAAUGACAGAGGAGCCCAGGUGAGUGACUUCACUUGGUCCCAUGAUGGCACUCAAGCCCUCAUUGCAUACAGAGAUGGGUUUGUGUUAGUCGGCUCGGUCAGCGGUCAAAGACACUGGUCCUCUGAGAUUAAUCUGGAGAGCCAGAUCACCUGUGGCAUCUGGACCCCUGACGAUCAGCAGGUGUUGUUUGGAACAGCAGAUGGUCAGGUAAUUGUGAUGGACUGUCACGGAAGGAUGCUUGCCCAUGUUCUGUUACACGAGUCUGAUGGGAUUGUGAGCAUGUCUUGGAAUUGCCCUGAUUUCCUAGUCGAGGACAGCACGGAGAGCGACACAGACUCCGAUGACAAUAUUCUGCCUUUAGUGCGGCGAGUUAAGCCUCUGUUGACUGUCACCUUCUUAUCAGGAGAUAUCAGUUUGAUGAAUAACUAUGAUGACCUCUCUCCUAGUAUAAUUCGCUCAGGGCUUAAAGACGUCGAGGCCCAGUGGUGCUCCCAGGGAGACCUCCUGGCUGUGGCUGGCAUGGAGAGACAUGGGCUCCCUUCUGACUCAGCUUGUGCAUCCAUCAUGAGGAAUGCCCUUGUUAAGUUUUAUAAUGUCCAAGGUGAACACAUCUACACUUUGGAGACACCGGCGCAGAGGCCCAUCACCACCAUUUGUUGGGGUCACAGAGAUUCCCGUCUGUUCCUCGCAUGUGGACCAGCUCUCUAUGUGGUCCGUGUGGAGCACAGGGUGGCCAGCCUCCAACUUUUAUGCCAGCAAGGCAUUGCCAGCGCCCUGCGAGAGGAGAAAGAUGUCGGGAAACUAAACAUGCCCUCGCUUCUCUGCUCUUAUGUCACCACUGCUUUUAUCCCCACCAUCAAGCCCCCAAUUCCUGACCCCAACAACAUCCGCGACUUUGUCAGCUAUCCCACAGCAGGGAACGAAAGGCUCCACUGCACCAUGAAGCGAGCUGAGGACAGUCCUGAAGCAGGCGGACCCUGCUACACGCUGUACCUAGAAUAUUUAGGAGGACUGGUGCCUAUUCUCAAAGGAAGGCGCAUCAGUAAACUUCGGCCCGAGUUUGUUAUUAUGGAUCCAAAAACUGAUGGCAAGGCAGAGGAAGUUUGCGUCAAUCCCAUGAUCUCAUACACCGACAGCUGUAACUGCUCUGACUCCAGUGACAUUGAGCUGAGCGAUGAGUGGGUCGGGAAGAAGUCACCAAAGUUAUCUCGCGGAAACAGGUUGAACAUGGAAUCAAGAAAAUCUCCCAAACUUUCACGUGCCAAUCAAGAAGGUCAGCGAUCACCACGCCUACCAACAAAGAAGCCUCCCGUUCGGUCACCCAGCCUGACACGGCGUGAGUUUUCUAUGGAUGGAAUUACGGAGCACAAUUACCUUGCACAAGUGACAUCUAAUAUUUGGGGGACAAAAUUCAAAAUUGUGGGACUUGCUUCGUUCCUCCCCACGAAUCUUGGCGCAGUCAUCUAUAAGACCAGUUUGCUUCAUUUGCAACCGAGACAGAUGACAAUCUACCUUCCAGAAGUGCGAAAGAUUUCUCAUGACUUUAUGAGUCUGCCGGUGUUCAACCCCAAUGUGUUCAGCGAGGAUGAGGAUGACUUACCAGUGAUGGGGCCGUCUGGAGUGGCUGGAGACAAUCCUCCAUGUACAGUCAACAUUCCCAUUGCUCCCAUCCACAGCCCAGCUCAAGCCAUGUCCCCAACUCAGAGUAUUGGUCUGGUUCAGUCUCUUUUGGCCAAUCAGAAUAUUCAGCUUGAUGUUCUGACCAACCCGACCGCCACUGCUGCAGCUGCAGCUGCAGCAGCAGCAGCCUCUGUCCCUGUCACUGAUCAUGGUCAGGAUGCUGUUGCGUCACCAUAUCCCGUGCCAACUAGAUACACCAGCCCUGGUCAGAUGCAGCAUCAACAAAUGCAGAGGCAGCAUCAACAAAUGCAGCAGCAACUGAAGAUCCAAAUGUCGUUGCCCCCUCCUCCAUCUGGCUAUCCAACCAUUUCCUUGCAACAGAUUCAUCUUCUUCCCCAGAUGCCACCUCCCACCACUGAGCCAGGGCUCGACAGGGGAGACCAUGGACACACUCUGAAGCCAAGUCUGCCACGUACAUUACCUCCCUCCUUUAACGAUACAGAUGGGUCUGUAGAGAUUCAGAUGAGGAAAAUAAAUCCCCCUCCUCCGUACCCUGGGACUGUAGUGUCUGCAGCAGCAGCUUCAGCUGCUGCUCCUCCUCAAACUCUCAUCACAAACUGUGACAGCCCAAGUAUCCUGGCACCGGACCCCUGCCUGAAAAAGGAUGAAUUUUUGCUUCAUCCUGUCACCUUACAGUACCCAACACCUCUUGGGUAUGAAAGGAUCACGACCUUUGACAGCAGUGGCAAUGUGGAGGAGGUGUGUCGGCCACGAAGGCGCCUCAUUCGCAACCAGAAUGCAUACGCUGUGCACAGCAUUGGGGGCUCAGCUACCCUCAAAGUCACUUCCUCAGAGAAUAAAAAAAUUCAGCUUCCAUACAGUUCAGCAACAUUAAGUCGUCUUUCUGUCCCUCGAUACACAAUACCAAGUGGAGACCCCCCUCCUUACCCUGAUCCAGCCAAUCAGGUAACAGCUACACUUCCUCCUCCCCAGAGAAUUGAUAGCAGCCUCAUUCAUGCCACUCUACGUCGUGAACGAAGGGAUGUGGGCCUCAAAGUGCCACAGAUGAUGGACAGCUCAAGGACACUACCGACUAAAGCUAAAAUGAACAGUGCAUUAGCCCUUUCCUACCAGCAGAGGGUGCCCACUGCCUUAUACACAUGCACACAGUGCAGUAGUAACAGCAGCAGCACCAGUGUUAGUGUCAGUGGAGGUGGAACUACCAGUAGUGGUAUUGCAGGUGGAACGGUGGUGAGGCAGGACUUCCCAUCAGGGAAAGGUGCGCAUCACAGUACCAUUAUAGUGCACUCCAAAAAUGCCUCUCCAAUGGCAUCUCAGUCAUCUUACAGUCUACUGGGUGGCGUUGACAACAGUCGGGACAGAACAGUGUAUGUUAACUCUGCAUUUACUGAGGACGAGACUUUAAAUCAGCAGUGUCACCUUGAAAAAUCAGUACGUCAGCUGACUCUUGGUGAUGUCAGUUUGACAGUAAAACGCCCUCCGCCUUACCAGUGGGACACCUCCGCCACAGAAGAUUUCUGGCUCACCCCGGAUCAAACAAUGUUAGCUCCCCCACCUCAUAAACCGCCUCCCCUUAUUAUCAGUCAAGCUCAGCACCUUGAUGUGACUCGGCUUCCCUUUGUCCUCACAACUAAACCUCCAACCAGUCCGAGCACAAGCACUCUUACUUUUCCAUCAGGUUACCAGAUAUCCCUGUCACCCUUUCCUCCAGGGGUGGGUCACAGUGGACCCCCACUUCAGACUUUGCAAAACCCUGCGCAACAGUGUUCUCCAAAUGAAGUGGUCGCUCCUGUCCCUUUUGCUCAGCAGGACCCCAAUUUGGUCUUGCCACCGGGCUACCCCCCAAAUCUGGCCAACUUGGCCUGCUGUCCUCUCCCUCCUCUGUACCCAGGAGCAAGCUCAUGUGCCGGACUCCAACUGCACCCGGUCAGCCUCCACCCUUGGAACCCUUACCCCUGCCCACCGCCCAUGCAAGAUCCUCCCGCGCCUCCACUCCCAACCAAAACUCACCAGAUUUUGGAGAAGCCAAUACUGUCCCCGCCUCCUCCUACUGCACCACCUCCCCCACCUCCUCUUCCCCCUCCUCCCCCACCUACCGAGUUGCCACCAUCCAAAAGUGCCACAGAAGAUCUCGCAGAAUCUGCCAAUAACUUUCCAGAGCCAUCAUCCUUAAAUGAAAGCCCUGUCCCACAAGAGUCAGAGCGCUUCAACAAGAAGAGCCGCAAAAGGCUUGACAGCCGGGCAGAGGAGGCCAACAUGCCCACUGUGUCUGAGGGCAAAUCCAGAAAGGAAGGGCGUGCGCUGUCUGAUUUCAACACUCUCAUUGCGAGCCCGAGGCUUGGUAGCAGAGAGAAAAAGAAGCCAAAGGGGCAGAGAGAACAACUUAAUAAAACAAAGAAAAUGAACAGGACCACGAAUGAGUUUCAGGAUAGCUCAGAGAGUGAGCCAGAGCUCUUCAUUAGCGGUGACGAGCUAAUGAACCAGAACCAGAGUAGUAAGAAGAGCUGGAAGAACAAGCGCAGCAUGCGUAUGGCAAGUGAGCUGGAGGAGAUAAAGUGUCGCAAGGCAAAUGAAAGGGAGGACCGUAGUUUAGGCAGCCAAGGGUUUGUGUACGUUAUGGCCAACAAACAGCCACUGUGGAAUGAGGCCACCCAGGUGUACCAGCUUGACUUUGGAGGUCGAGUCACCCAGGAGUCAGCAAAGAAUUUUCAGAUCGAACUGGAUGGUAGACAGGUGAUGCAGUUUGGGCGGAUAGAUGGAAAUGCUUAUAUCUUGGAUUUCCAGUAUCCUUUCUCAGCCGUGCAAGCAUUUGCUGUCGCCUUGGCAAAUGUGACUCAGAGGCUGAAGUGAAAAGGUCAUUUGGUGUUGCUGUGCACUAACUCAACAGAGCUGAGUGGUCUUAGCUUCCAACGUGUGGGGCUACGAUGGAGAAAAUGUCCUGUUUUACUUAGAAGAGAUUAAUAUAUGUACAAGCUAGUCUUGCACAUGGAGGCAAUUUACAAUCAGUGUGUUUAGGGCAAAGUCACUCCAGGUUGGUGUUGAUGAAAGAGAUUUAAGUGAAUCCAUAAUUUCUAGUUCAUAUAUUAAAUGUAGUCAUGUAGUCAAAGUAUUAUAAUUAUUAUGAUAUGGUAUAUAUUAGAUUAAAGAAAACAAACCUAACUAACUUAUGUUGCAGUGACUUUUAAAAGCAGUCUGGAGGUUUAGUGCCAUCUGUAGUAUCAAACACAUUAUCUCGCUAUCGAACUGCAAAUUAAUAACCUUGUCGUGUUUAUAAAGAAAUAAGCACAGCAAAUAUAUAAGUCUGAAGUGGCAUUCAAAAUUUAUAUACACGUUCACUAAGCCAUACCGUGUGUUAUAUAAAGGCUGCACUAUUUUAAAUCCGUAUUAAGAAAUAAGUAGAUAUAUUAUACAGUUUUAUUAUAUCACACUUAUAGGUAUUUAAUUACAUUUAUUUAUAAUCUCAUUUGGAAUUUUUUUCAGUUGAAUGUCUUCAACAUUAUGUUCAAUUUGCUGAACAUGCAAUAGAGGGAUAUAUAAAUUUGGUAGCUGCAACAUGAAAAGUUGAGUACAGUUUGCCAUAGUUUAUAUAUUUUCUCUUCAUGCUACUUCCAUGAAGUGCUGCAAUGAACAUAGUUAAUCGUAUUAUUUUGGCCUCUGUACAUUCAACCCAUUCAACACCUGACGGUGUGUUCAUUUUUCCACUUGUAAAUUGAAACACAUUUCGAUUGAAGAAACAUUAUUCUCUAUUUCCUUGUUGAUUUCAGAAUCAACUAUUGUGGAUACAGUUGUCAGUAAUCGUGUACAGUAAGUCUAUGGGUGCCAUAUCCAGCCAAAGGCAUUUGGCUGAAAGGAUGCCUGCUAGAAAAUUAGCAGAAAAUGAUGUCAUGUAGAUCUCAUGUCACCCAGAAUAAAUCUACACAGUAACGAUUAAGAUCUUUUCAAUCAAAUUCACUUGGUUGGCUCUGUUUUGUUUCCACUGGGUGUUUAUGAUGCUACUUGAAUUCUGCAUUUGAAUGUGAAGUACAGUAGUUUGCCUAUUUUGGAAACCAGUGCUGCUUUAGAUAGAGCUUGUGUGCAAUAAUGCUACCUACACAGAACUUAAUGUCGUACCUGCAAAAGAAAAUGUAAUGCUGCUUGCGCUGUGUAUUUAGUGACCUAACAUUAUUAUGUGCUUAGAAAAAUAUGUGUGUAUGUUGCUAAUUUGAAUAAUUUUGUAUUUCACCUUUGCUUUAACAUUGCACCUUGAGUUGUUUUGGUUUUUUUUAUUUUUGUUGAUGUUACAGAAAAAAGAAUGAGAGCAUAAACAUGCAGAGCUAUUAACUACAACAUACUCAUAAGUUGCUAGAGAUGACCCGUUAGUGGGAGUCAGAUUCAUGUAGAUUUGGUGCUAUUGUAUAAAGAAAAAAAUGUGAUCAUAUCUGGAAAUCUGUCACUUGUUUUUAGAAGUUUAUUUUAACUGGAAAGUAUUUUGCAAAAAGUUACAGAACAUUUGGUGCAGAUGUUUUCAUUUCAGCUUUUUUUAUUCAGUGCAGCUUCAGAGAUUUUAGCAACAGUGCGUGUCAGUUAUUAUCAGCAAUACUGCCUAAUAACCGAAUGGUUUGCUGCCUGAUUGUUUUUCUCUUAUUUUGUGAUGAAAAGAAAAAUAUGACUGUAGGUUUUCUGGGGACCUAUAAGCUGGCCAAAAUGGAAUAAAAAUCUAUGG